ACAACACUUUGAAAGAGACCAUAUUGUUUCGGGAAUUAUCGUUAGGGCAACUUGAUGACCAAUGACCCAUGUUUGCACAUUGAAAAAGUAUCACCAUAGCAACUCUUCUCUCAUCGUGUAAUGGGAAGCUUAAAUGAAACAUACACUCCGUUCUAAAUACGAUCAAAAACUUUGUGAAAGUUAUUGAAACGGAAAUUCUUAAAGAAGAAAAUGUCUGUUCAAAGUUACAAUGCUGCCAAAGUGACUGAAAAUUUGUAUCCAAAAAGUGAGCAGUCAUCCCAAAUGUCACCAAACGUCUCCUUCCACCUGCCAGCCCUGAUUAUGGAGACACCACAUCGAGAAGCAAUUCUCAACAUUUCUGCUUCUCCAGACAACAGUCUUCUGGUUGUUGGACAGGAUGGCAUGGUUACACACUGGUCAGCAGAUCUCAUCCUGAAGAAAUCCAGAAUAGUUCUGGAAGAAAACAAACAGCCAGCCCGAACACCCAAAUGGAUAGCUGAUGCCACUUUUAUGCCUCAGUUUAAUAAGCUUGUCAUUGGAACCUGUGACCGUGAGAUACGUUUCUAUGAGAUGGCUAACUUUGAGCCAUAUUUCCAGAUAACAGGCCUUGAAAGUAUGCCAUUGCAGAUAGACUACAGUCACACAGGAGAAGAUGAGUGUUUGAUAUUAUACGGUGACAACCAGGGCUGUGUCAACAUUAUUCAAAUUUUCCGAACAGCAGAGACACUAAGAAACUGGUCUAAGUAUCAAGUAAUGGAUGGAAUUCCUAGCAUUCCUUUGGAGAACAUUUCUGAUGGAGGCCAAGUGAAUUAUAUCCGCUGGAAAGUGCAUAAUGAUUGGGUGACCAAGUUGAAGCUGUUUGACACUGCUGUCUGUGUCUAUGAGACAUAG